UGUCCAGGUUCUUACAUUACAUGGACCCCACUGAGCCAAACCUGAUGUUUGUUCGUCAGGUGGAGAAAGUGCGAGAGUACUUUAACAUCUUGUCAGAUACAAAGCUCUCAAAAUGGACAGUGUUCAACUACUGGAAGAGUCUCAAGAGGUUCAUGAAAUACAUUAUUACCUCCACAGACAUUCGCCACAACAAUCCAUCUCUGUUUCAGGACUGUGAGAGUUUUUUGGAUGUGCUGUAUGAAAUAGAGAGUGCUAUGUCCAAAAAAGUAAGCAUGGAGGUCACAGGGAAAAAAUCAGAGUUUGGGUAUGGCAAAGAAAUUUUGCCAAAGGACUGCCUUGCUGUUUUGGAGGCUGCAUUCAAAGAUUUCCAGGCCGUGAUGUGUAAAAUGCAGGAUCCAGGAGCCAUCACAGGGGACUGUUUGACUAAAAAUGAACGGCUGCUCGUCCUGUACUACCUGGAGGCUAUUAUCAUGCUGAAGCUACUUCAGCGACCUAGUGUAGUGACACAGAUGACUGUUGAGGAUUGGGAGGGGAGAAGCCGGAUAGAGAAUGGUGUCUGUGUUGCAGUGAAGGAGCACAAAGUACUGUUGUCACACGAACAGGAACUUUGGUUUGACUUGUACUUCAAUGAGGUGCGGCCAGUAAUGCUACAAGAAAACCGCACCGGCGACGAUGUGGCAGUUGAUUCAUUUUUUGUAUCAAGUAGUGGGAGAUCGAUUUAUAACCCCUCCAAUGACUUAAAAAGACUACAUGACAAAUACAGUCUCCCCAGUGUGACCUUUGGUGAUGCCCAGAGAGUGUUUGAGGCAGCAGCACAAAACCUGAAGUCAGAAGUGGAGAGAAAUGUGUUGGCACGGCUGUUUGGGCACAUGCCAGAAACAGCUGAAAGGAACAACAUGAGGAAAACAUCUUCAGAUGCAUUUCUGGCUCUAAGUGUGCUAGAUCAGCUUGCUGGAAAAACACGACAAAGGUCCAGUAGAGCUUACAGCCAAGAGACAAGGGUGGACGAAGAGACAGCCUACAAAACUCUUGAGCAGUUCUGUCCAGUGACUCUGGAGGGGCCUCCUCCAAAAAGGGCACGCAGGAAUGAGCUGUGUGGCUCAGAACAUGAGAGGCACUGCUAUGACCGCUGGCGUAGUGAGCAGCUGAAGCUGCGUGAACAGCAUGCUCUUGAACAUUUUGCUGGACAGUUGCCAUCAGAGUCCAAAAUAAACCGCUGGAUGGACAAACAAGGGUGGACGUCAAAUGUCCCACAGGCUUCAGUGGUUCUGAAGCAGUGGAAGCCUGUUGCCAGGUUGGACUCGGUCAUCGACAGCAGCUUUGUGCAUGAAAUGAUUUUGUCUCAACGCUGGAAAGGACUGACUGUCAGACCCGUCCCUGACAAGGGUGAUGGUGUUUUCACCAAAAAACUCUUUCAGAUUGGGGAGGUUGUCUGUGAAUACCACGGCCAGCUGGUUAGCCAUGAAGAUGGGAUGGCAAUUGUUUCGACCAGCGGCAUUAGACCUGGACAUUUGUUUUUUUAUAAGAACAAGCAACAUGAAGCCAUGUGCAUUGACGCACAUGAAGAAAGUUGCCAGUGCCAUCCCAUGAAGUUCAAUUACGGACGCCUGAUACGUCACUCCAGCAAAAGAGCCAAUAUCCGGCCCAGGCUGUAUGUGCUUAAUGAUAGAGACAUCAUUCUCUUCAUUGCUACGAAAGACAUUUUGAGUGAUGAGGAGUUACUCUAUAAUUAUGGCUCAAAGAGGAGAUAUUUUGCCGGGAAAGGGCUGGAAUUGGACUGGAUGUGAAAGAACAUCUUUCCAUCCCCCAUUCUCACCCACUUCUAACAUGUCCAACUCCAAGUUUCCACCUGUGGCCAUAUUCUCUCCUCUCUCUCUGGACUCUGGACAACCAUCACUGCUCUUCUCACCCUGAAGGAUUCUUCCUGCAAUGUCAAGCACCAACACUUCUCUCUAA